AUAUUAUGCAAUAGGUGCCGUGUAUUUCGAUCAAUAAAAUAGUCAGAAUUCCCUAAGACCAAAAAAGAAAAUCAGAAUUUUCUUAAAAUAAUAUUCAAAAUAACAAACCAACGUCUUUCUUCUCCUCAAAGAGAUUGAUAUUUGAUAUAUUGUUCAAGCCCUAGAUUUUAUUGAAAUCUAGGGCUUUGUCCAUUCUAAUUACAUCUUCAAAUUUUGCUUUUCAUAUAGCUCACGGUUAAAUUGUUCAAAAUUAAUAACUAAAUUUUGGUUUUGUGAAUUAAAAUGGUGAGGGUUUUGAGAAGCUGUAUACAAUCGAUAUUGAAGCUGGUGAAUUCAGUGAUUGGGAUGGCUGGGUUGGCCAUGAUUCUAUACUCCGCUUGGAUGAUUAGGGUUUGGCAGAGGAAGAUGGGUGAGCUUCCCUUUGGUCACGAUUCUGAUUACCCACCACCGUGGUUCAUUUAUGCGUUUCUUGGCCUUGGAGUUACAUUCUGUGUAAUCACUUGUUCGGGUCAUGUUGCUGCUGAAACUGCUAAUGGCUGUUGCCUGUAUUUGUAUAUGGUGUUUGUGGUUUUGCUUCUCAUGGUGGAGGCUGCAGUGUCUGUUGAUGUAUUUCUUAAUCGGGACUGGGAGGAGGACUUCCCUAAGGACCCCUCAGGGAAUUUUGAUCAGUUCAAGAAUUUCAUCCAUACAAACUAUGAGAUGUGCAAAUGGAUAGGCCUAUCUCUUGUUUCUGUCCAGGGAUUCUCUCUAUUAUUGGCAAUGAUACUCAAAGCUCUUGGGCCACAUCAAUAUUACGACAGUGAUGACGAGUAUUGUCCUGACAGGGUGCCACUCUUGAAGAAUGCUCCAUCUCCAUAUAUUGUUGAUCAAGGAUAUGGGCAUGGGCCAAAAAAUGAUUCAUGGAUUAGGGUUAGCGACAAGACAAACAGGUAAGGCGACUGGUUUCAAUUGAACCGCUUGACGUUUGGAGCUGAACGAAGAAAGUGAGAGCAACAUAAUUCCUUUUGAGGAUCUGUUUGCUGGAGAUGGAUUAGCUAUUGAAUUAAUGGCUGUGGGAGAAACAGGUGCUUACUGUCAGUGAUUCUUGCGUCUGUUAUACCAAAUUCAUGCUACAGUCAUAACUCAUAAGCAAAUAUAUACAUUGUAUGAUUCAUGUUUAUAAAUGGUAUAUAAAUCCUUAUCUCUUGACGACCUUUUGUUCUAUUGGUUAACCUAGUUACUCAUCCUUUAUCCUUUUUGGAUGCAAAAAUAUGAAGUUUUGGUG